UGCUGACAUGGCACAAAACUUUGGCCCAUGCUCCUCCUCCUAUUCUUAACCUUAAACCCUAACGCCAUAAACCCCGCAUUCCCUGCCUCAAAACCAUUUCUCCCUUCUCUCGUUACUCAUUGGCCAUUUCAACUAUAGUCAUGUACUCGUCUAUCCUUCGACGACAUUCCAGCUCCUCCUCGAAGCUUCUCUGCACCUUCUUCUUCGCCCGCCCAAUGGGCGGCGGUCCAAGAACCUUUCCCGGCGGUAUCAACAAAUGGCAAUGGAAACGUCUCCACGAGAAGAAAGCCAGGGAGAAGGAGAAGAGACUUCUCGACCACGAGAAACAGCUCUACGAAGCCCGAAUCCGAUCGCAAAUCCGGGCCAAACUCGCUGGGAAACCCGUUUCCGAAUUCUCUCCGGAUUCGGAUCAUCCGAAUCACAACCCCAUGUCCCCCCAAGACCACAUCAAAGCCCUCGCUGAUCGGUUCAUGAAGGAAGGCGCCGAAGACCUCUGGAACGACGACGACGGCCCCGUCAAAUCUCCUCCACUACUGCCGCGGCGGCCAUCCAAUGGAUUGAGUCGGCAGAUUGAGCCUCCGGUUGAUCUUCGGAAGUUGACAUCCCAUGGGCGGAGUUUGGGGCCCGGAAAUGCGAGAAUUGUGAGCAGGGCUUUGAAACCUAGGCAUUAUUCUGUGCAAGUGCGGAGGAGGUUUCGGAGAAACGAGAGUUCGUCGAGCGAUGAUGGUUCGGAUGUGAGUUCUGGGGAUGAAUUUUCGGGGAGAUUGGUGGAUGAUGAUGUGGAAUUGAGGGGAAGGAGAAAUGUACAAAAGAUGAUGAGUAGUGCUGCUUUGGGGAAGUACGAUGUCAAGAUCAAGAGGCGGGUGAUGCCGAAGUCUAUUGAUGAAGGGGAUGAUUUUUCGGAGCAAAUUGAGUUGAUUAGACAUGAGUUGAGUAGGAAGAAUUUGGCGGAGGAAGAGGAAAAAGGGGAUGAAGAGUCCAUUCUUAGUCAGAAAAGAUUUGAUGAAUGUGGUGUAUCUCCAUUGACAGUCAAGGCACUUUCUUCAGCAGGCUAUGUACAAAUGACAAGGGUACAAGAGGCUACUCUUGAUGUUUGCCUUGAAGGAAAGGAUGCUUUAGUCAAAGCUAAAACCGGCACUGGCAAAAGUGCUGCUUUCUUGCUUCCUGCAAUUGAAGCAGUUUUGAAGGCUACAAGUAGCAACAGAAUUCAACGGGUGCCACCAAUACUUGUUCUUAUUCUCUGCCCAACAAGAGAAAUUGCAAGUCAGAUCGCUGCGGAAGCAAAUGUUAUGCUAAAGUACCAUGAUGGCAUAGGUGUUCAAACAUUAAUUGGGGGUACACGUUUCAAGUUUGAUCAGAAACGCCUAGAGUCAGAUCCAUGCCAGAUUAUAGUGGCUACCCCUGGUAGGUUGUUGGAUCAUAUUGAGAAUAAGGGUAGCUUCUCUGUUCGUCUGAUGGGAUUGAAAAUGCUUGUUCUUGAUGAAGCUGACCACUUACUGGACCUGGGAUUCAGAAAAGACAUGGAGAAAAUUGUAGAUUGUUUACCCCGCCAGAGGCAGUCGUUGCUGUUCUCUGCUACAGUCCCUAAAGAGGUUCGCCGAAUAUCUCAACUUGUUUUGAAAAAGGAACAUGCUUUUGUUGAUACAGUGGGUCUGGGUAAUGCAGAAACUCAUGCAAAAGUUAGGCAGUCUUACCUUGUUGCACCACAUAAACUGCAUUUUCAAAUUGUGUACCACCUUUUGAAGGAUCAUAUAUUGCAAGUGCCAGAUUACAAGGUCAUUGUUUUCUGUACAACUGCAAUGGUAACAUCACUUGUGUUUCUACUUCUUCAAGAGAUGAAAGUGAAUGUCAGGGAGAUACAUUCUAGAAAGCCUCAGAUAUAUCGAACUCGCAUCUCUGAGGAAUUCAGGGAAUCAAAACGUUUGGUUCUUAUCACAUCCGAUGUUUCAGCUCGUGGUAUUAAUUAUCCUGAUGUUACUUUGGUCAUUCAGAUGGGUAUUCCUUCUGAUCGAGAACAAUAUAUACACCGUCUUGGAAGAACUGGACGAGAAGGCAAAGAAGGGGAAGGCAUCUUGUUGGUUGCACCAUGGGAAGAAUAUUUCCUGGAUGAAAUAAAAGACCUGCCUAUUGAGAAAUUUCCUUUACCAUUAUUGGAUCCAGACUUAAAGCUCAAGGUGGGUGCUUCGAUGGACAAGAUUGAUACUAGUGUCAAAGAAGCAGCAUAUCAUGCUUGGCUUGGCUAUUAUAACUCGAUCAGAGAAACAGGCAGAGAUAAAACUACACUUGUUGAGCUAGCCAACCAAUUUUGUGAGUCAAUUGGUUUACAAAAACCUCCUCUACUCUUCCGGAAGACAGCCCUGAAAAUGGGUUUGAAAGGUAUACCUGGCAUCAGAAUCCGAAGGUAGUGAUAACUUGAAGCAUGGAAAAACAAGGUGCCAAGUUUAUGCCAAGUUUAGAUGGGAAUGGAAGGGACAGUUUCAGAGACAUGUGAGGAUCCCAGAUGUCAAUCGCGAACAGGUUCAGCUAUUCUUCAAUGGGAAGAGUAGCCUUUGAGUGUAUUUCUGGAUGAGGUACAGCCUUUCAUUCUUCUUGCUGCAUGACCAGCGCCUUAUAUUGCUGCCUGAAAGUUCAACUCCCUUGGAUUGCAUCAUGCCACUCUGUGUAAUGUAUUUGAGAGCCACAGUCCUUUGUCAAGCCACUGCAUUCGAUGCAAACAUUAUUGUAACCUUCAACCAUUAAAAGAACACAAGCACAAAGCAAUCAUGCAAUCAAUGUGCCAAUAUCUCUCUUCAUUUGAAGGUAGUUAUGCACAAAGUGAAAGCAAUUAAGUGCAAAUUAACGAAGUCUAAUUAAUGUGCAAGUAUUUCCCACACUGGGCAAUCAUCUGGGAUACAAUUAGUGGCCCUUUAUUUUGAAGAUUGGUCAUGAAGUAAUAUUAAGCAGUUAGUUGAAUCCCAAUUUUUUUUAGGAUUAUUGAAGUGAGUUCAUAAAACAUGUUUGGUUGCUCAGAAACAUUAAAAGAAAAAAUUUUAAGGGAAAAAAACAAUAAAAUUUGAUAUGUAUGUGAUUAACCUUUCAAAAUUUAAACUUUUAAAAAUAUUUAAAAACCUUGCAAUAGAGAAAGAUGUAUUUAUACGCCCAGAACUCAAUCUCUACGCACUUUUCAACCCAAAGCAUCAGUCAUCCCAAAAGAUCUUCCAUUCCCGCGUUUUAACCCUCAUGCCUCUUCAUCCGAAGGAAAUCUGUGUUUCACGAUAAGCAUCCACUCCAACAAUGACAAACCAGCCUUUGGUUUGAUGAUGUCACAAACUUGGAAUCCAAAACCCAUGUCAGAAGAACUGAGUUAAUACUCUUUCUACGUUACAUUCUUCCACAUGAAGAGCCAUCUGUGAUAUUUCCAAAGUGAGGUCUCUUUAAAUCAGAACGCACACUUCUAUCUGAUGUUCAAGCGUUGUGAGGGAAGAAAAAUGAGGCUAGCAACAAAGGGCUGAAAAGGCAAAGGCAAAGGGGGUCAAUUUGUGAUUAUGAAUGCCGACGCCAGCAUACCUAACCCUUGGUUGGUAGUGAAUGUAUAUGAGGAUUAAUGCCUUGUCAUUAUGGAAUCUGGUCUUGGACCGCUUGUUUGAUGCAUAAUUAAUCUGAAUGCGGUUAGGACCUACUAUUAUGUGACAUUAAAUGUUGUGUGCCUCAUCUUCUAUGAUGGUAGCCUAUGUGUUAGAAUAGGGUUCACGGUAUUAGGAAAAGAGAGAACAGACCCAUUAGAGAAUAAACUGAAGAAAUAUUAAAUUAUGAAAGAGUGGAAUCCACUUGAAGAUCAGAGCUUUUCAAGGUUUUCCUGUGGGAGCUUUAGGUGUUUUAGGUUGACUUUCCGUAUCCGAUUGCUGCAACUGAGUUCAGAUUGAUGAACUACAAAACAUGUUCAAAUAAUUAUUCUUAUUUGAGUUGGACAUAGCUUCUUUGACCAAAAGACUUAUAAAGAAAGGUUCUAUACUUUAGAACCGUUCUAGUUAUCACAUAGGAAAUAUUGUUUCACAGAUUUUUAGGAAGAAGAUAUCAUGCCAAACUUGCACUAAAAAGGACCUUACUUUGAAACAAAAUUCUGAAAACUUGAAAUAGGGCAACAUUAGUAAAUAAAAAAUGACACCCUUUUCUAUAACCUUGGGAUUCAACCAUGAUAUUUUAAAUCUUCCCUGAACUUUCUUACCUUAAAUAAACCCACCUUAGACAUGUGCUGAAAGUUUAGGGGGACAAGACUAAACUCUAUUUUGAACUAGCGCAAGGCAAGGAUUAAAAUAAGUAUAGGUCCAAAUCAAGAAAAUUCCUCGAAAAUGACAUGAUUUUCCAGGGAUUUGUUUCUUCCAAACACGCCAUCUCCAAGAAAAUGAAUUUCAAAAUAAUCUGCCUAGUCAUUGGUCAUCACCCUCUGCUGAUAAAACUUUCUUUUUCCACAAGCACAAGUGAAAGAAAAAAACCCCGAAAACGUUUCAUGAACACCAAGCUUAUUCCUCUCAAGAUUUCCCACCAUGAAAUCUUGGUUCUGUUUCAACACGCUUAAGCACCCCUGCUAAGGGGAGGGGAGGGAAUGGAGCCUACCACUGGAUUUUGUCCUUGAAGUACAACUUCUAAGAGCUUGGAUGGAAACAUGUGAAGCAGGAAGCCAUUGAAAAUUAUAGCAAACAUGUGCUCCACUUGUCAACCUACCAUUGGACCACGUGUUCCAUGAAUGUACCUCAAGUCUCUUCCAAUAAUUAUAGCACGUUAGUUUAUCAACAACCCCAAAUGGGCAAAGGCAAGAUCCAAUAACAGAGAGUCAACGCCCACAAUCACAAGGGCACAAAGCCCUUCAUCCAAGGGCAAUUCAUAUUGGAACUCCACAAAGGACCAUAUUGGCCUCAAAAAUAAGUCCCAGGUUUAGUAUAGAUGUGUGGAACAAUGUAUCAGUGUCCAUAUGCAUUAAAGGAAACGACCUGCAAAGGUUUUCGGAUCAUUUGAUGAGCAUGGUGCUUGUAUAGUGACCUGCAAAACAGAUAAGAGUCUGUCAGAACAACUGCAGAUAUGAAUAGCAUGCCUAAGACUGAAGCUUUAAGAGUACCAAAAGAUGUUGCUAGGGCAGUUGGGGUAUUUUGGGUAAGUGAGGAUAUGACUGCAAAUUCUUUGAAAAGAAAUGGGCAGUCCUGCCAUUUCAAGAGAAUUAAUUGAGUUUUUUGGCUCCAUCUUGGCCUAAGGUUGCUGCCUGAUCUCAUAUUAAAAGACUUCACACCUGCCUACAUUAGUGACCAAACUCAAUUCAAGCUGCCUCCUCUGCCUCUAUUAUCGCAUCUUUCCUCUGCUGAACUUCAUCACAUCAUUAAGGCCAUGGGAAUACAAAAACUCAGGUUUCCAUUACUGAUCUUCAUAAUCAUGCUUGCCAUCAGCCAGCUCUCCAGUUGCCGCCACAUCCGCCAAGCUAGUGAAGAAGCUCAGCAGGCAUCUAAAGCUGAAUUUGAGCCCAGGUUUUCAACGUAUUCAUCUGCACCAGCUCCUGGAGAAUACGGUGGAGAUGAGAUAGAUCCAAUUUAUGGAGUUUCCCACCGAUCCGUUCCAGGGGGACCAAACCCACUUCACAACUGAUUAGCCUUUUUUGCAAAUCUGAUGUUAUUGCAGUUAUACCGAGUUUUUGCAGUUUACAGUGUAAAUUUUGUUCUCUUUUCACUGCCAAAGAUGUAUAAUACAUACAAAUUUGAAAAAGAAUGUGAGCUAUUCUAACUCUUGAAA